AUGGCACAAGAACUUCUCCGAUUGGCUUUAUCAAGCGAGCACGUCGGAAUCACAAUGGAUGCUUGCAGAUUGGAAAUGGAAACGCCCGUUUCUAGGAUGCGGGAGGUCCACCGCAGCGUGAGAGAAGACAAUCGGAGACUAGUGUCUGAGGGUAGGUCGAGCGACAAGCCGAUCGUCAUCGGAGUCUACGGUAUAUCCGGCUCAGGAAAGACUUUCGUGAUGAACGAUCUGAAGAGCUGCCUCUCAGCCUAUAAUUUCGACUUCUACGAAGAGUCUGAAAUGAUCGCCAGUCUUGUGCCAGGCGGCCUCGAAGCAUUCCAGGCUUUGGAUGAGCAACAAAAGAUGCGCUGGCGCGCACAAGCCAUCGACAAGAUCAAGAAUGACGCACUUCAGAAUGGCACCAUGGCGAUAGUCACCGGGCACUUCAUGUUCUGGUCUGAGGGACAGACUGCUGGUCAAUCAGUAUACACACCAAGCAAUCUGGAUGUCUUUACCCACAUUGUCUACCUGGCGACCCCAGCCGAGCACAUCUUUCAGCGCCGUCUGGACGAUAGACUGAGGGACCGACCUCUGACAUCUGUUGAGCACUUGCGCAAGUGGCAGGAGGCGGAGGUCAUUGGCCUGCGCCAUCUUUGCCCCCCGCAUGGUAUAUUGUUCCAUGUUCUCACGAAUCCAGUAUCCAUGUGUAGCCAGGUCCGCGCCGCAGUCGGAUUUUUCUGCAAAGAUAAAUUCGAGUUACCUACCUACUACAACAACAGGCUUGACCGGGUUGAUCGUUUCCUAACUGUCCGAGACAAGAAUAGUCAGCUGAGAACCGCUUUGGUUCUGGAUGCCGACAAGACCCUGGCGCCGAUGGACACGGGUGCAUUGUUCUGGCAGAACCUAGAUCGGAUCCUGCCGCGGAGCUCGAGCCUCUGUCCACUACAAGAGCUUUUUUGUGGUCCUCUGGGAUAUACGGACAAGGCAUUUCAUCAGGCAACCUUACUGUACGAGGGGGCCGCAGACGACGAAGAGUUUGAGAAUCUGUGCGAAACCGUGGCUUCGUCUGUGGUGAUGUAUCCCGAGUUUGUCUCACUCCUCCGGGCUGCUGCGGAACACAAGCACAUUUACUCAGUGGUUGUAACCUGCGGACUUGCUCGUGUCUGGGACAAGGUCUUGAGAAAGGAGGGCCUCUCUGGCUCUGUCAUGGUCCUGGGCGGAGGGAGAUCUUCUGACGGACUUGUGGUUUCGCCAACCACCAAAGCCGAGGUCGUUGUUAAACUUCGCAAGGAGUGGAAUCUGUAUACCUGGGCUGAUGAGGAUAUCGUGGUGGUUGGAGAGGAGCAGGCCAGAAGUUCCAGUAUGGACGCCGUCUUGGCCAGGGCUCUGGAGGAUGAGCAAUUCAAGGCACGACAGGCUCUCCUUCCCAGUCAUGUAUCUCCUCGUCUGGACCAGACCAAGCUGCCGCUGGUACACCUCGAUGUCCCAGACUUUCUCGAAUCGGUUCUGCGUCAUAGGUUCGAGGUGUUGCACGCCACAGAGAAGUGUGCAGCGAAGCUGCUGAUGUCCCCGAUGCGUGAUGCGUCCGUCUCCGGCCCUCCCCUGAGAGCUGCGCAUCAACGGGUGGGAUUGUAUCUGGCCAACGAGUUUGUUUCACAGCUGAUUGGCGUCGAGGAGUAUCCUAUCCCACACGUUCAGGGACACCAGUCGAACGGUUACAGGUUGAGACAUGAACAGCAGACUUCGAUCGUGGCCCUUAUGCGCGGCGGUGAGCCCAUGGCUUGUGGUGUCAGCGAAGCAUUCCCUACCGCCAUGUUCAUCCAUGCUGCUUCCGCAUCUGACAUCAAGGAUCAUCAUCUGAAGAAUCAACGCACGGUGAUUCUGGUUGACUCGGUCGUCAACAGCGGGAAAUCGAUUACUGAGUUUGUCAUGCGUAUUCGCAACUCCCAUCCCAGCAUCCGCAUCGUGGUUGUGGCCGGGGUUGUCCAGGCCGAGGUGGUCGCCAAGUCCCAUGACUGGCAUAGACGUAUGUGGUGCUUUGGUAUUAGCCUCGUUGCGCUACGAUUAUCUGAAAACAAGUUUACAGGGACAAAGUCGACUGACACUGGCAAUCGGCUCUUUAACACCACACACUUGGCUCAGUUGGGCUUCUUUCAAACAUGUAGGAGAGGAAGGUGUUUGGACUGGUUAGUCUAG